UUGCGCUUCGCGCGCGGCGCACCCCGCCCACAAAAUGUGAAAGAAAUGGCUGUCAAGAGCAAAUGCAAGUUUUUAAUUUGAUAAAUUUUAUUCAAUACUUAUUUAUUCGUAGGUGAAUGAGAUAUAUCUAUUUGUUUUUGUGUGGUUAAAAUGUGUAUGUGAAAAAAUAAUGUGUAAAUAAUUUAUAGGGUAAAGAAAUAGUGCUGUAAAUAAUCAUUCAUCUCUUAUUUUCAUCUCCAAGUGAUUUUGAAUGGUCGUUCGUAAUUAAAUCUAAAUGUGUUGGAAUAGACGAAAUUAUUUGUGGAUUGGAGCUUAGUGUGAAAAAUUCCAUUCGGAAACUAGAACAGGUUACUGCGAAGCAUGAAUGAGCAGUGACCUGGCGCCCCUCGGUCCUGGUUGGAAGUCAGCGCCCCGCGAGCACCGAUGCAUUUCUGGAUUGAUAAACGCAGCCAGUGUGCUUACAGCGGCAGGCACCGUGUUCCAUCUUCCUUAUCUUCUGGUGUAGGUCGCGGGCGCACGCGCGUUUGCGUGGCGGGCGGCGCGCGCAAGGGCAUGGCGGCGCCGGUGCACCGGUUCGCCGCCGUCGACUGCCCGCCGCGCCGCCCGCACCGGCCGCAUCGACAUUAUAACCCGCCAGCGCAACCGGCGCCGUCGGGCGGGCGGCGCGGCGCCAGCCUAUAUGUGGAAGUGGGCGAGGCGCCGCCCACCAUCGCCAGUCUGGCGGCGGCUCGAAGCGUCACUCCUGAUACGUUACUACGGACCGCAGCCCUGGGGCUCCAGCACUCGCCUGUAAUGGCACCCCACCUCAAGUUCGGGAUGCUGGUGUCUUUCGCGCUCGCUACUGUCUUCCUAGCUGGAGCCAAGUACUACUUCGAUAAGCAGAUCGUCCGCGAAGGCAGCGGCGCCGGCGCCGGCGGCGAGGCGGGCGUGGUGUGCGCGGCCGUGGCCUGCGUGUGCGGCGUGGGCUGCGCGCUGUCGCUGUGCCGCGCGCGCCCGCCGCCCGCGCUGCCGCCCGAGCGCGUCACCUCCACCGCGCACAGGGAGCCGGUGAGUGGGCCACGUGGGGCACGGUGCGGCGUGGGCUGCGCGCUGUCGCUGUGCCGCGCGCGCCCGCCGCCCGCGCUGCCGCCCGAGCGCGUCACCUCCACCGCGCACAGGGAGCCGGUGAGUGGGCCACGUGGGGCACGGUGCGGCGUGGGCUGCGCGCUGUCGCUGUGCCGCGCGCGCCCGCCGCCCGCGCUGCCGCCCGAGCGCGUCACCUCCACCGCGCACAGGGAGCCGCAAGCUCCCUCCGAGCCAUCGGACGACAUCUCCCUCGCCACGCUACUGGGGCCGGAGCGACCUGUCCCGAGCGUGGCGCGCGAGACGGCGGAGGCGCCGCCUCCCUACAGCGUGGCGGUGCUCAUGCCGGGCGUGGAGCGCGAGCCGCCGCCAUACUCGGCACUCAGCUAGCGCCCGGGGCCCGAGUAUAUCAUCUAGGCUGAUUUGGGACGGUGAGGUUAGUGCGAGUUGUAGUUAUUAUUUGUUCUGAAAGUGAGGUAACAACAAGCGCAGGGUAGACUUCUUGUACACGCUACAGGCCUAUUCAGACCUAAGCGGUAUUCGCUACCGUCUGCGGCAGAGAAAACCCAGUGGGUAUGCGGUAAAAA